CGUAGUUUGAGCACCUAACGGUAAACACUAGACUCCGAGAAGCGACCUAUCAAUUUGCGAUCGAGCGAGAAGCGACCUAUCGAUUCAUCGUAAUAAAAAUGGCUGAUCUUCGAAUGUUGGCAGUCACACACAUACUAAUGGCAGCGGAAUUACAAGAAAUAAUUGUAAUGAAAUAACCAGGAAAAAUUUACAUUUGGAUAAAAAUAAAAUUAAUAUCUGGCAACCCUGUAGUCAGUAUUUAUUGCUGUUGUCGUCUAGUUUAAACGCAUUUAUUAAGUACACAAUUUAAAUUAAAAAGAAGUGGCUUUCGAUUAAGAUUAACAAUAUUUAGAGUGUUGUAACAAGAUUUUUUUUAUAUCUAGAUAGAAUGUUUAUCAUAGCAUUAUUGACGCUGUUGAUAAGAAUAGCACAAUGUGAUCACCAUAAUAGAACCAACCAAUUACCAAAUAGGUCCACAAUUGUCCACCUAUUUGAGUGGAAGUGGAAAGAUAUAGCAGAUGAGUGCGAGAGGUUUCUUGCACCUCAUGGCUUUGGCGGCGUACAAAUCUCUCCACCAUCUGAAAACGUGAUCAUCCAUUUACAAGACAACACGAGACCAUGGUAUGAACGAUAUCAAGUUAUGUCAUACAAGCUUGUAACACGAUCUGGGAAUAGAGAGGAAUUCUUGAAUAUGACUCGAAGAUGCAAUAAAGUUGGAGUAAGGAUUUAUGCAGACGUAGUGUUCAACCAUAUGACUGCUGACAAUUCUAAUAACAUAGGCACGGCUGGUAGCACUGCUGACUUCAAGAAGUAUUCUUAUCCAGCCGUUCCAUAUACAGAAGAGCACUUCCAUCAUCCGUUUUGUGCUAUUAAUAAUUACAACAACGUUACUGAAGUUCGCGAUUGUCAAUUGGUUGGUCUGAAAGACUUAAAUCAGACUAUGGACUACGUACGCCAGAAAAUCACAAAAUACUUAAAUAAUUUGAUAGAACUUGGAGUAGCUGGCUUAAGAAUUGACGCUGCAAAACACAUGUGGCCCAGUGAUUUAAAGGAAAUUUACAAUAGGCUAAAUAAUUUGAAUACAGAUUUUGGAUUUCCGCCGAAAUCAAAGCCGUAUAUUUAUCAAGAAGUUAUAUACUAUGGCAAUGAACCCAUAAAACCUUCCGAAUAUACAUCAUUAGGAGAUGUCACUGAGUUCAGAGUUGAAGCAGAGUUGAGAAAUGUAUUUCGCGGUAAUAACCCGCUCAAAUGGCUUGUAUCUUGGGGGGAACAAUGGGAAUUAUUACCAAGUGAUUCAGCAUUGGCUUUUAUAGACAACCAUGAUACACAGAGAACUGGUAAUGCUCUGACGUAUAAGGAAGCAAGAGCGUAUAAGGCCGCUAUAGCAUUCAUGCUGGCACAUCCAUACGGUGAACCUCGUUUGAUGAGCAGCUAUUUCUUCAAUAAUAGCGAUCAAGGACCACCAAGUGAUAGCAGUGAAAAUAUAAUAUCUCCAAGCAUUAAUAAGGAUGACACAUGUGGAAACGGUUGGGUCUGCGAACACAGAUGGCGUCAAAUAUAUCAUAUGGUGGCAUUCAGGAAUGCAGUUGGAAAGGAAACGAUACGGAAUUGGUGGGAUAAUGGCCAUAAUCAGAUUGCAUUCAGCAGAGGCAAUAAAGGGUUUAUCGCUUUCAACGUGGAAGGGAGAAAGUUGAAUGAAACGUUACAGACUGGUCUACCUCCUGGCAAUUAUUGUGACGUGAUAACAGGCAAGAGACGAGGUAACUCGUGCACGGGGGGCAAAGUGACAGUUCGUAAGGAUGGUUAUGCCAGUAUAAAUUUACCUGGGAACGCUGAAGAUAUGCAUUUGGCUAUACAUAUUGGGAGAGAGUCUUCUCUUCAAGCACGAUGACUGGAUAUCACAUGAUAUAAACUGGAAAAUUUUGUUACUACCAUAUCAGCAAAAUGAUAAUGAAUAUCAUAACAAAAUAAACGCAUUAUAAAUUAACAAUUAAUAAAUUUUUAUAUUAA